CCGUGAUGCUCUCGCUGUGUCUCUUACCUUCAUGGUGCUCAUACAGCAUCGCGCAGUUUCCUACAUCGCGCAGCAACACCCUUCAACAUCUUGCUCCUUCACCUUCCUACCUCCGCCGCUCUGGCGUUAUCGUUGCGCUCACAGAGCAAGAGGAGCGCGUCUCAAAGGCGAUGGAGCUGACGCCCGCCGAGGCGCUCGCCGAGUCUGCUCGCAGCAGAGGUCUGGCGCUGCAGCUCGAUGACGGCACCCGCAAGUCGCACUCCAUGGCCGAGAACACCGCCUUCGUCACUGGCUUCUUCAAGGGCAUCAGCACACGGCCCGCCUUCGCCCAACUUGUCGCGUCGCUCUACUUUGUGUACGAGGCGAUGGAGUCGGCCUUUGACAAGGCGACCGACCCUUCGGUGAAGGCUCUCGACUACCCCGAGCUUCGUCGCGUGCCGGCUCUGGAGGACGACAUGGCGUACUACUUCGGCGUCGACUGGCAAAGCACCGUACGGCCGACUGCGGCCACAAAGGAGUAUUGUGACCGCAUCCGCUCCAUCGCGGUGGACGAGCCGCCGCUGCUCGUCGCGCACAUGUACACCCGCUACCUCGGCGACCUCUUUGGCGGCCAGAUGAUGGGCGGUAUGGCCCGCAGCUCGCUAAAUCUCGACGACGCGCUCGGCACGCGAUUUUACGAGUUCGACGAGAUACCACGCGCGAAACCAUUCAUAGAGCAGUGGUACGCGCGACUCAACGACCUCGAGCUCGACGCUGGCGCGAAGCAGCGCAUCGUCGAUGAGGCAAACCUUGUAUUCGCCUUCAACAUCAAGCUCUUUGACGAGCUCCAGGGCGGGAAGCGGGCGGUCUUGCGCACCAUGUGGGGACUUGCAAAGGGGGCCGUCGUUUCUCGGGUGGGCAAGAUAUUUCGCAGGUCGUGAGUUGACUGUCUCCGUACUUUCGCGCCCUGUCAUAGCUCAUAAGCCAUAGGUUGGCAUAGCCACUCUACACGGCGCGGGAUGUGGAUGUCACAAGAAUUGAAGAAUAGACACCGCUAGGACGGAGGUCAAUAAAAAGC